AUGCGUUGCGGAACUGGCAUUGUGGCAGCCCUGCCGCUCUUUUUGAGCGCCGCCGUCUUGGCUGGCUCACCAGAUGAGGGCUGCUCUUCAACAAUCAUCAAGACUCUUGCUGAGACGACAUCAAUAAUUGUGGCCCCUACGAGUAUUUGUAACCAAAUAGGUACUGCCAGACCAACUGAGAGCCUGGGAAGCCAGGGAAAUCAUGGUCAUGGUAAUAAUCAGGACAAAGUGCCCGCUUCUUCAGGAUCCGGUGACCAUGACAGUGGUAAUGGAAAUGGUAACCAGAACGGCAAUGGUUCUGGAAACGGCCAAAAUAGCCCUGGAAAUACCCCUAUUAGUGGUCCGGGUUCCAACUUGGGAUCCAGCAAUGAGUUGGACAACGGUUCUGGCUCUGGCUCAAACAGCGACUUGGGUUCCAACUCUGGCCCUGGUAACGGUGUCAGUAGCAGCACUGGCUUCCGCCCAGAUGAGGCGUCUUCAUCUACUCAUGGCUCGGGAAACAGCAAUCGCCCUGAAUCCGGCGCUGAAAAUGAAUCUGGUUGCGACUUGGGUCCCAGCCCAGGUAAUAGUGAUGGAGUCAGCAGCGGCACCGGCUCUGAGCCAGACGACGGCUCUGGACCUGGCAAUAACUCUGGAUCUGGCGAUAUGGAAAACGAAUCUGGCAGCAGUUCGGGUUCGAAUUCAAACUCAGCUCCUGGUAGUGGCAUUGGCUCUGGCAACGGCCCCAAACCUAGCUACGAAUCUGCCACUGGCAAUGGACAUGGUAGUGUUUCGGAUUCCGACUUGGGUGCCGGCAACGGAAUCGACAACAGUACAGGUUAUGAAUCUGGAAAGGGCUCCCAGCCAGGCUCUGGCUCUGGCUCUGAUUCUGACAACCGCGGUGGGAAUAGUAGUUCUGGCAACGAAUCUGAAAAUGGAGCCAGCAUUCAAGCCGACAAUUCAGGAUCUCAUAACUCGGGUACCGUGAACGACAAGUACAAUAAAAGUGGCAACGGCAAUGGAUCUGGGAAUCCCAUGGGAACCGACGCAGCAAACGGCAGUGGAAACGGCUCCGGAGACGAUGGAUUCGGGAGCGGCUCAGGUGAAAAUGGAAGCGGCAGUGGAAACGGAAAUAAUGCAGGACACAGUCAUACCGAUGGAAGUAACAGCAUCGAGUCCGGACAUGGAUCUGGUGGUCCAUCGGGGGGUGUUUCUGGUUCAGACUCGGGCUCAGGUUCCUCUGCUCAUGGCUCUGGCUCAACGUACGGAAAUGUAUCAACUGCGACUCCUCCGGUAGUCACGGCUGGAGGGUCACCGAGCAGGUCAAGCGCCAGAGUUGCGUCAUCCUUGGUUGGCCUGGCUGGUUUCCUCUGUCUUUUCUAA